CACCAGUCGGUUUCGCUUUCAUUUCUCCCUGUCAAACUGUCAGCGGUGAAAACCGAACGAAGGACGACUCGCGAAGUUUAGUCUGUGGGUUGAGACGGAUCCUGAAUCUGGGCUUUGACACGUCUCCUCUCUGCAGGUGUGAUCAUGGCCUGUGAAGUUGCACCGGAAGUCAAUUUGAAAGAGGCGGAGGAACUCGCCCUCUCUCUGAGCGACGCCCUCAGCAGUGGGAAUAGCCAGGAAGCAGUGGAACUUUGCCAGAGGCUGUCACAACUGUCUGUUCCCGUGUCCGUCAGCGUCAACAAACCGGCCUACCCGCAGGACUCCAUAAGGUUGAAAGUCGGAGUCGAGGAUGCUCAGUCAGACACCGUCAUCCCAAUGAGCGUUGUGGUUUCUGCUGAUAUGACAAUUGCACAACUCAAAGACCAGAUCAGCCAUGACUACAAGUUCCCGCCCACGCUGCAGCGCUGGGUGAUCGGCAAGCGGCUGGCUCGGGACAAUGAGACGUUGUACAGCCACGGCGUUCGUGAGAGUGGAUACCAGGUUUUCCUGUUCAUCGUCUCCGCCCAAGCCGCUCACCUCACACGGCAUCAAUACAAACUGAACCAGGAGCAGCAACGCAUAGACGGCAUCGUGGAUUCAAUGGAAUUGUUCCAGCCUUUUCCCAGAGGAGGUGAAGGUGAGAAGACGGCUCCUCCUCCACAGCCUCAGAAGACUGCUCCUCCUCAUCUUAAACCCAGGACUCAACCUCCUUUGGCUCCUAAACCUCAGUUUGGCUGGACCUGCACUGAGUGCACGUACGUGAACAAACCAACUCGUCCCGGCUGUGAGAUGUGUGGAGGGGAAAAGCCAGAGGAUUAUAAGGUGCCUGCCAUCUACAAGCCCGACCUGCAGGAGGUUCUAUGGAUUCAGCAGGAAGAGCUGGCCAUGUUGCAGUAUGAAACGACUCGGCAGGAAGAGCGAGAGACGAACUACCUGCACUUGUUGGCAACAGAAAUACAGAAUCUGAUCCCCAACACCACAGAGACAGAAUGUCCCAUCUGCAUGUCCGCUCUGGGGCCGGGAGAAGGCAUCGUGCUCAGAGAGUGUCUGCACACCUUCUGCAGGGAGUGCCUACAAGGGACAAUAGUGAACAGUCAAGAUGCUGAGGUGUCGUGUCCUGACGAAUGUGACAGUAAAAUACUGGACCGAGAAAUCCGAGCGCUGCUCUCCGAUGAAGAGCACCAGCGUUUUCUGGAGUUGCGUCUGAGCAUCGCAGAGAGCCGCGCAGAGCACAGCUUCCACUGUCAGACUCCCAACUGUCGGGGAUGGUGCGUCUACGAGGACGAAGUCAACGAGUUCCAGUGUGAACUCUGCCAGGAAACCAACUGCAUCCUCUGCAGGGCCAUCCAUGAAGGCAUGAAUUGCAAGGACUACCAGGAUGACCUGCGCAUCCGAGCAGAGAACGACCUGGCGGCUCAGCAAACUAAGAAGAUGGUGGAGAGCCUGCUGCAGAACGGCGAGGCCAUGAAAUGCCCGACGUGCGACGUCAUCGUCCAGAAGAAGGACGGCUGCGAUUGGAUCUGCUGUUUGAUGUGCAAGACCGAAAUCUGCUGGGUCACCAAACAAGCUCGCUGGGGGCCAAAUGGCACUGGCGACACAUCGGGUGGAUGCAGAUGUCGGGUCAAUAAUCAGGCGUGCCAUCCCAAUUGCAAGAAUUGCCACUGAGGCGAGCACGAGUGAACAAAUACUGUGUGUGUGUAAGCGCAUGCACUAUCUCAAGAGAUGCAGACCUCAGCUGAUGCUCAUGCUUUUGGCUUAACACAGGAUUCAUUCACAUAUUCUUUUGGUUUGUUUUACUGACUCUUAGCCCAGAUUCCUGGACUUUACUCAGGCGUCUUCCUUUCUUCAACAGUGCGUCUGCCACGGAUAGAAGUUCUAUAUGCAGGUUAUGCAAAGUGCCAACUUUAUUUUCUGCAUCUCUACAGCUGAGGAUAUUAACUUUACCUCAUGAGAAUAUAAGCUUUACCGGGACACUCUGCUUUAAUAUUAUCUUUUUGUGAGGAAUCGAUGCUUCAUAUACAUUUCUAUCUCAUUUCGACAGCCAUUUUGUUUUGUUGACUCAAGUCUGGCUUCAACUCAAAUAACACACACAGAAAUAUAUGAAUAUCCCCUCACAUACAGUAUAUAAAGUGUAAUAGUCUUUUCUUAUGGCUACAACUAAUUAACUACAUCUAACCAUGUCUACCCAUAUAUUAUCUAUACCGCUUCUCCUCUCGAGGGUCAUGGCGGGGAGCUGGAGCCAAUCCCGCCUGACAUGGGUCAGUCCAUCGCAGGGCUGAGUUUCAAAGACAAACAACCACUCACUCUCAUAAUUCACACCUACGGCCAAUUUAUUCUCCACAUAACUUCACCAUCUAACAAUGUUCAUACAUUGAUCAGUUAUUUUCUCAAUUAAACCAGUGACAAGUGACAAAUGUUUUAUUUUUCGUGGUAGUUUUUAAUCAAGGGCUUUUCUUUCAGUUGUGUAAUCAGGCUGCGGUGAAGGAUGUUGUUUUAAUUGUUUACACUGAAUGAAUGUGUUUAUUAUGUAAAAACAAGCUGCUCUGGUGCAAUUAAGGAGUUUGAAGUAUUGUGUUUAAAAGAUGAAAAGGUGGAUGAAUAAUGAUGUCGUUUUUAGUCAAGUAUUCAGUUCUUUGUCUGUAGUUCAUUCCUCGAGCCGGAGAUUAUGUACUGUAAUAGAUACAGUAUAUUUUCUUUAUGUGGUGUAUCUACAGAGUUUGCAGGUUUCACCAUUACUUGAAACGUGUCUACAAUAAUCUUUGUUCAUUUGUCUUCAGUCCCGUCAUGAGGUCAAAUCAAUAACGUGAACUUUGAUCGCGCUGCAUGAAUUACAAAAUACAAGCAGCCGUUUUUAACAGGCAGACACAAACAUUGUUUUUGCUUUUGAGGCCUGAACAGAACCAACAUACUCUGACUUUGCACAGCUUUCACCAGUCUUUGUGAUAUUUUGCACGGCUCAGCUCAGCAUUCAUCAGAGAUUAACUCUGAACUACACAUUCAGCAUUGUAAAUAAUUAUUUUGCAUUAAUAUUUAAUGUACAUCAUAAUCAUACAAGUGUACUUUCAUUGCUUUAGGAAACAAUACAUGUAAGUGUCCUAAAAUACUUUAAGGAAAUGGUUUUAAUUGUAUAAACCUAAUCAGGUGAAUGUGGGACGCUUUGAAGGUGCAAGUGAAUCUUCUUGAGCUCAGAAAUAUUGUGUCUUGGCUGUAUGAACAUAUCUUAAAGUUUCUAUCCUGUCAAA